CUUCAAUUAUCUUCCUUCCCUAUUAUUUUUACAUCCAGUUCAUUUCCUAGGGCUAGAAUAAGAGUUGCUGUGAUCUGACUGACGUAUUCGGAUCGCAUCUCCGCCAGAUCUUAUCUCGCUGAUCUCUUCGUCUUUCCGCUUUCAUUACUUUAUCUUCACCUUUUCUAUAACCACUUCAACCUCUUCUCUAUACUAUCAAACACAAUGACCUCCCCGUCUACCAUUACUCAGAGAUUCCUCAGCAACCCUGGUCAACUGGGUGUGGUUGCGGUUGGUUUCAACGGCGGCCAGUGCAAAACUGGCGUCGAAGCUGCACCCAUGGCCCUCGUCGAAGCCGGCCUUCUCGACCAACUCCGAGAUGAUCUCGACUACGAAGUCCACCAUGACGGCAAGGUUCACUACUAUGAAGACGUUACUCCCGCCGCAGACGCAGACCCCGAUCACCGCGGCAUGAAGAAGCCGCGCGCUGUCAGUGCGGUUACACAGAAGCUUAGCAGCCAAGUCUACGAGCACGCGCGCGAGGGCAAGUUCGUGCUCACACUUGGCGGUGACCACUCAAUUGCUGUUGGGAGUAUUUCGGGGACAGCGCGGGCGAUUCGCGAGAGACUUGGACAAGAGAUGGCGGUUAUCUGGGUGGAUGCGCACGCGGACAUUAACAUUCCGGAAACGAGUGAGAGUGGGAAUAUUCAUGGUAUGCCGAUGGCGUUUUUGACCAGGUUGGCAAGGGAGGAGCGUGAGGAUAUCUUUGGGUGGUUGAAAGAUGAGCAUGUUAUCAGCACAAGGAAGCUGGUAUAUAUUGGGUUGCGGGAUGUGGAUCGUGGAGAGAAGAAGUUGCUGCGCGAAAACAACAUCAAGGCGUUUAGCAUGCAUGACAUUGACCGACACGGCAUCGGCCGCGUGGUUGAAAUGGCCCUCGCCCAUAUUGGCAAUGACACCCCGAUCCAUCUCUCUUUUGACGUCGAUGGCUUGGACCCUCAAUGGGCUCCCAGCACCGGUACUCCCGUGCGAGGCGGUUUGACCCUGCGUGAGGGUGACUUUAUCUGUGAAUGCGUGCAUGAGACGGGUAACCUAGUGGCCAUGGAUCUGGUUGAGGUGAACCCCAGCUUGGAGGAGAAGGGAGCUACGGAGACCAUUCGGGCUGGAUGUUCGUUAGUCAGGAGUGCUUUGGGUGAUACCCUGCUGUGAUUUUGCUCCUUUUUAUUUCUAUAGAUACGAUGGAUAUGCAUUAGCCUGAUGCCAGUGAGGUAAAAUAUGUGAUCGAUUCCUGAUGCGAAACCAGCCAUUGUUCGUAAAUACAUUAAACUCUUAUACAGGUUCUCCGCAUCUCAAUUACCCUUUGUAAACUGGCAUCUCGGUUAAUAGUUCAAUAUACGCUUUAACCGCCAUAUCGAAUAUACUUCAUUCACAUUGAUUGGCCUUGUGUCAGAGUAACUUUGGUCAUCGCCAAGUUCCC